UUAUUCAUAGGAUUUAUUGAUAUUUUGAAUUUUGAUUGAUGCCCUGAUUGCCUGCUGGUAGGUAAAUGGUAGGUAGGUAGGCAUUAUGCGACAGCAAUUAAUUAAUUAAUAAAUUUUUAUUAUAAGUAAAAUAGGUACAAGCUUAUCAGGUUUCUUAUUAAAAACCAUCUGUGCACCACAUCGGAAAAAAUAUUUUUUAUUAAUUAUGUUUUGGGCCUGAUUUUUGUAAUAGAAAAAAUAAAACAAACAUGUCAUCUGAUUCUGAAGAUGAAGUUAUGAAACACCGUGAUUACAAAGAAAUUGCUGAUGAAAUAGAACGUUGUAAAAGAAAUCCUGAAACUUCUGGAAUGUUUGUAUCAGGUUGGGAUGAUGCUGAAGUUGAUGUUGAUACUGUUAAAAAUCCCCAAGCAAAUCCUAUCGACCACGUCUUAUGGGCAGCUGAAAAGGGGGAGCUGGACACCUUAAAAAGUUUGUUAGAAAAACAGCCCGGCUUAGUUCACGCAACUGAUUCUGAUGGAUAUACUCCACUACAUCGUGCUGCAUAUAGCAAUCAUGUCAAUAUUAUAUCAUAUUUACUAAGUGCAGGGGCUAAUAUUGGUUCUAGAACCGAACUUGGUUGGACACCAUUACACUCUGCUUGCAAUUGGAAUAACUAUGCGGCAGCUGCAAGACUUCUUGCAGGAGGAGCAAGUCCUCUUGCUCUGUCUGACGGAGAACAAUCACCAUUGCAUCUUGCAGCAGCAAUUAGCCACUGUAAAUCUACACUGCUCAUCUUAUUUUUACGAGAGGAUAUAGUAGAACUUGCAAGGAGACCUAACAAAUCAAAGGAAACCCCUGAACAAUUGGCACGGCGUCAUGGAAUUUAUGCUCCAUUAUUUGAAAUGGUUUUGCCAGCCGUAUCUUAUAUAAAAUCUUUAGCUUUUACUUGUAAUCCAUAUUAUAGGAAUACAUCUCAGUGAAACUUGAUUUCAAAUUACUCAAUAAGAAAAUAUUUUCAUGGUGCAUUUACACAGUUGUGCCAAUAGGGGAUUUUUGAUUAGUGCUCCGAAUAACAAUGCAUGUAUAAAGAGUGCAUUUGUUAUUCACCUUAAUAUUCGCUUAUGUUCAGACCGGGUUUUUUGGAUAGAUUCAAAGACGAAUGUGUGAAGUUCACGACGACAUAUGCCAACGUUUCGUCAAGUGAAGAGACAAAAGGCGAACAGCAAUGUUUAAAUGCACCAUUAAAUUUAAUUAUUAGCUCAUGUGCUGGUGUUGCAUUAAUAUAAAUUAUCAGUAAUGUUCUCAUCAUUCAAUUUCUUAUGAUAAAAUAUAUAAAUUACAACUAGAAUAACA